AGAUCCCUUAAAACCGGAAGUAAACCAGUUUAAAUAUUGGGCGGCGUUGAAUCUUGUACAUCGCUUGGACAGAGAAAGAGCCAAAAUGGAGAACCAUCUGUCUAGAGUCCUUGUUGGACUCUCUGUCCAAAUCAGUCGAAGUGACGGUCGGGUGCAUUCGGCUACAGUCAAGUCCGUGGAUGCCGUUCGGUCCACUGUUAUGGUCGAGUGGGUUGAGAGGAAGACGUGCCGAGGGAAGGAGGUGGACGUGACUGAGUUGUGUACUCAAAAUCCAGAGCUUUUGGACCUUGUUAACGCUGUAACCAAUAAACCUGCUGAUCCGCCUCUCCCUAUGCCUGAUAAGUAUGAGGGUCGACUGCGCUCAUCCAGGAUUCCUGCCCCUCCCUCUUCUUCUGCUCCAACAGUCACCAAGACUGAAGAAUCAGGUUGGCAAGUUGUCAACCGGUCUCAGACCAGGCAGACUUGUAUGUUCCAACCUCCAGCCCCUGUUCGAGCAUCAGUCGCCACCAUUGAGACUUCUCAUCCAAGCACGGAGACAGUCCACCCAGAUCUCCCCCCUCCAUCAGUCCUCUCAAGCUCUGCCAAUCCCAGUCGGCAGCGUAGAAGAAAUGAGACCCAAGCAGCACAGUCGCUGCCACGCGAGUCAGUAAAGGAGAAUGAUGAACCUGAGAGGAUGCCUCCUCCGCCUGCAGUUAAAAGCUCUUUGGUUAGAAGAAAAUCUGUGGCUCCCCAAGAACUGAACAAAGGCAACAAAAGAAUCUCCUGUGUCAUGAAGCCCUCUGAGAUGCACACAAAGAAGGGAAAGUUUGGCGAUAUUUCUCGACCAAACCAGAAGUUUUACGAGAUGAUCCAAGACUUCCGAGAGACCAUGGAAAUAAUCCCCAUGUCAACCACUGACUGUGUUGAACCUCAAAGGAUCUGUGUGUGUGUUCGCAAGCGGCCCCUUAACAAGCAAGAGAUGAAUAAGAAGGAGAUAGACGUGGUGUCUGUGCCUGGAAGAGGUUCUUUGCUCAUUCACGAGCCAAAACAGAAGGUGGACCUCACCAAGUACUUGGACAAUCAAAUCUUUCACUUUGACUACUCCUUCGAUGAAACCUCCAACAACAACUUAGUCUACAAGUUCACAGCCAAACCCUUGGUGCAGUCAAUUUUUGAAGGGAGCAUGGCAACAUGUUUUGCCUAUGGACAGACAGGAAGUGGGAAGACUCAUACAAUGGGAGGUGAUUUCUCAGGGAAGCAGCAGAAUAGUGCCAAAGGAAUCUACGCUUUAGCAGCCCAGGAUGUUUUCACUAAUCUCAACCAUCGGAGAUAUGCUAACAUGGAACUCUCUGCCUACGUCAGUUUCUUUGAGAUUUACAAUGGAAAAGUGUACGACCUGCUGAACAAUAAGGCAAAGCUCCGGGUUCUGGAGGAUGAGAGACAGCAGGUUCAGGUGGUGGGGCUGGAAGAGGUUUACGUGUCCUCAGCAGAGGAGGUGAUUAAGAUGAUACAGAUGGGCAGCUCAUCCAGAACAUCAGGCCAGACCUCGGCCAAUGCCAACUCCUCCCGCUCUCAUGCCAUCCUCCAGAUUGUCUUACGACGCAAUGACCGGGCCUCCACUCUCCACGGGAAAUUCUCAUUGGUGGACUUGGCUGGCAAUGAGCGUGGAACAGAUGUCAGCAGCAAUGACCGAAGCACUUUGGUGGAGACUGCAGAGAUUAACCGCAGCCUGCUGGCUCUAAAGGAGUGCAUUCGCUCUCUGGGAAUGAACAGUGAUCACAUUCCUUUCAGGAUGAGCACGUUAACCAAGGUCCUCAGGGAUUCAUUCAUUGGAGAGAAGUCAAGGACCUGCAUGAUUGCCAUGGUGUCUCCAGGCAUGGCUUCAUGUGAAUACACAAUGAACACCCUACGUUAUGCUGACAGAGUGAAGGAACUGAAUGGAAACUCCAAAGUCAGUGCCCCAGCUAAAUGUCAAGAGCCGAUGGAGAGUUCCACAGAGGAGGAAUCUGCUGUGGAUACCAGUGUGUAUGAUGCCAUAUCUCAGGUGGCAGAGCUGGAGGAGAAAGUUUACGUAGAGCUGCAGAGGUCAAAUGAACUGGUCAAGGCAAUGGAGCAAGUCUCGUACAACAUUGAGGAUGGAGUUCAGGAUCUGGUGGAACAUUCCCAAAAGUUGAUGGACUUGGUGUCAGCUCUGCAGUCUUCUGUGAAUACGGAGAGAAUGGCAAGGAUGAACCACUGAGUCAAACCUGACAAACUAACCUGGAUGAAUGCUUUUUGUCUAUUGACCUAUGUUUCAACGUGGUUCCCUUUGGUUUUAUUGUAAUUUUGGUUACUCAAAUAAAUAAAAUGUAUCCUUACACUAACUUGUAAAAAAUAGUCUAAAGAGAAAGUUUUAUAGGUUAUAAGAUGCUUAUUCACCACAUGUAUCUUAGACUCUGUGUUAAUAAUCACAUCAAACACUGAUUUUGUUGCAUUCAGACAUUAACCAGUGCUUAUGAAAAUCUUGUCAGUUCUUUAUAAGCACUAAUAAAAAAAUCAAUGAAGCUCUUAGGACUUUCUUAUUAUAGCAAAAUAAACAUGGUUUCUAUUAGUUAAAUGUCAAACUUUAACCAGGUUGCAUUUUAGUUCAUUGUUUACUGGCUAUUGCAGUUUAGCUUUACUACCAGUUUGAAUUUGAAUUGAAGAACAUUGACUUGUGCAGUAAAUAAAUCCUCUUUUAUGCACUUUU